CAAAAAAAGAAAGAGAGAAAAAAAGAAAAAAAGAAAGAAAGAAAGGGGAGACUGUUUUGAUACCCUAAGCGAAGGGCGAGAUCUGGAUCAUGGAGAAGAAGCAAAGCGUGAUAGCCUCAACAACAUCGCACCGAGCGAAAACUUUCAUCGCCUGGCGACCCUUCAAAAGUCUAUAUAACACUAGAUGAGCAGCCCAUCAUCGACAUGACUUUUACUCCUCAUCACUCUCAACCUCUUCUCUUCCUUCACUACCUUCACUCUACAAAAGACACUCAACAGCAACAAAACACUCCUUUGAUUUCAUUUCAAAAUGGCUUUGAACCUCAUUCCCCGCCUUCCCUCCCUCUCCGUCCUCGCGGCAGCCGACAACGUCUGCCGCAUCGAUCUCACCGUUCUCUUCCCCGACUGCGCCUCCAUCGAGAUCGGCGUCCCCCCCAACCAGCCUCACUCGGUUGACGUUCAGCCUUCCACCAUCUAUGUAACCGUCUCUGGUCCUACUGUCACUGUUCCUCCUCAUGGUGACCAUACUCAUGGUCCUGGAGCCGGCGGUUCUGUUGGUCCUGGUGGAUCUGCUCAGUGGCCUGUCACUACCACUUGCGAUGAGGAAGGACUCGUGACGGCUAUGCCUAUCCCUACUGGACCUCCUUCUGGACCUGGUGGUCCUGGCAGUGGUGGUCCCGGAAACGGUGGUCCCGGCUCCGGUAACAAUGGACCGGGCAAUGGCAACAACGGUCCCGGCUCCGGUAACAAUGGACCGGGCACUGGCAACAACGGUCCCGGCUCCGGUAACAAUGGACCGGGCACUGGCAACAACGGUCCCGGCUCCGGUAACAAUGGACCGGGCACUGGCAACAACGGUCCCGGCUCCGGUAACAAUGGACCGGGCAACGGCAAUAACGGUCCCGGCUCCGGUAACAAUGGACCGGGCAACGGCAAUAACAACCCCAGCCCCUCCUCCACCACCACCCUCACCACCCGCACUACCCUCACCACCGCCAUCCGGACUUCUCUCCCCACACCCACCACCACCUCCUGCCCUCUCCCCCCUUUCCUCUCCAUCUCCACCACCCUCGCCGACUUGCUUGACCUCGACCUCAAGCUCUACCUCGACCUCUCCUCCCUCACCUCCGGCGUCUCCUCUCUGUUGGAUUCCGUCAGCAACCUGCUAGGAGCCGACAAUCGCCCUGCUUCUCCUUCCAACCUGCCCACCACGCAAGUCUCUCGCUUCCGCACUUUGCCCUGCGGUACCUCGCUUGGUUCGCUUCCCGGUGGUAACAGCACUACCAUCCCUAUCAACAACACUGACGGACCUGAUGGUGGCAAUGGCAACGGCAACGGCAACGGCGAUGGCGACAACUCCGGCAGCUCCGCAAUCGAGGAGUGCAUCCAGCGCUGCGAAAAGGAUGCUAUCCGCGCUAGUCUCGAGCUGUUGACGCUGAGGGAUUGCUUGGGCGUUACUGUCGAUCGCACGACUACCGUGGACAACUGCUUGUGGUUUGUCGGUCCCAGGGGUGAGAAGUUGCCCGUUUUGGACUUGGGGGUUGUGGUCGAUCUGACUGGGCUUCUUGGCGAGGGUGUGGAGAGUGCGGUCAGGGAUGAUUGAGGAGGUUGUUGAUGCCGAGCGUUGAAACUGCUGCUCCUGUGGUUGGUCCCAUCGUUGGCGAUGCCGCUGGUCCGCUGCGGACGCUGCC